AUGAAGUAUACUUACUUGGCACUUCUUUUCGUUGCCUUCAAGGCAUGCUUAGUAUUGGCCGAUUCCGAAACAAUUUUCUGUAACUCUACCCUGCAAUGUCCUGAAGAACAACCAUGUUGUUCUCAAUACGGUCAGUGUGGUACCGGGUUCUACUGCUUGGGUGGUUGUGACCCUCGUUAUUCAUUCAACCUUUCAGCUUGUAUGCCUAUGCCUGUGAUGAAAGAAUUCAAUACAUCCUUUACUAAUAUCAGUGAAAUUGCUAAUAUUAAUGAUUAUUUGGGAAAUGCAUCAGAAACUGAUUGGAUUUAUUCAGGUCAUAUCGCCGGACACAAUAAAGACUUAAUGCUUCAGAUGCCUAACGGUACAACUGGUUCCGUCAUUUCUUCCUCUUCGUAUCUUUGGUAUGGUAAAGUUUCUGCCAGACUUAAGACUUCUCGUACAAAUGGUGUGGUUACUGCAUUUAUUCUUUUCUCGGAUGUUCAAGAUGAAAUUGAUUUCGAAUGUGUUGGUUAUAAUUUAACUUUCCCACAAUCUAACUAUUAUUCUCGUGGGUUCCUUGAUUAUCACAAUGCUAACAGUUCUGAAACCUCAGAUACUUUUGAAAAUUACCAUCUUUAUGAACUUGAUUGGGAUCAAGAUAGAAUUGAAUGGUCUAUUGAUGGCUCAGUUGUACGUACUUUAACCAAGGAGUCGACUUGGAAUGACACUGCUAAAGUAUUUAACUACCCUCAAACACCAACACGUAUUCAAAUGUCUCUUUGGCCAGGUGGUGCAUUGUCUAACGGUCUCGGUACGAUUGAAUGGGCUGGUGGUGCAAUUGAUUGGAAUGCUGCUGAUAUCCAACAAUAUGGUUAUUUCUACGCUUACUUGGAUUAUGUGUCUUAUAAAGCUCAUGAUUGGCCAGAAGGCGUCAAGAGAGUUGGUAGUAACAACACCAAGGAUUUAAACGCCUUUGUAUACAACCUGUCCAACGGUAACCAAAGUAAUAUCAUGUGGGUCAAGGCGAAAACUUGGAUUGGUUCACUGGAUGCAUCAGGUUUGAAUCCUGAUAAUGAGGAUGAAGAAGUUACCACUGUUAUUUCUUCGGGAUCUUCUAAAUCAACCAAGACCAAUACCAUCCCAAGAAAAACCUCAUCCGGUACCAACACCAAUGUACCAACUAUGGUCACCAACGGUGCUCCUAAAGCCACCGGUGGAUCUAAUGGAUCUGGUAACUCUGGUGACUCUAAUACCGUCGCUUACAACUCUGAAGAUGGAUUUGUUCAAAACUACAAGGCCACUUCCACCGGUACGAAUGGUGGAUCCUCCGGCUCCUCGUCAAAUGAAGGUUCUAGCCUUAACCUCGACUGGGUUAUCGGGAUGGUCAGUGCUAUGGGUGUGGGUGUUUUCUCUUUCUUAGUAUAA